AUGAUUCUAAACUGCCACUUCGAUGGUAUUGGAUCUGAAGAACCCCCGCCAAACUUCAUUGUGGAAAAGGUGUCUGUAAUAGUGAAAGCUACUAAUGAAACUAUUUCCUUUCGAUGCAAAUUUGAAUUACCAGAUGAAAACAAAAGUCACCUCUUUUAUCAAGUCCAGUGGAUUAUAAGAGGAAAUUAUGAUGCAAGUCUAACAAAGCAGUAUUAUGAUAGAAGUAGGCUUAAUGAUUUAGAUCUCACUGACAAAGAUUUUGAAGACAACAAUAUUGGACUUGGUGUGAAUAUAACUUGUGCAGUCAGAGCUUUCAGAAAACCAAAGGGGCAGCCAGGUCCACUUUCAACUUUUUCCAAGCCAUACUUUGCUGGAUUCGUUAUUCGCAAUACUGAAAUUAGUUUAAGAAAAGGGGAGACCAAAGCAAUAGAAUUCGUCAACAGAGUGCCAUUAGUUUGCCCUGGAUUCCCAGAUUCUAUAUGUUUCGUGCAGUUACAACACAUAAUUCCGAAUGAUGUCAAAUGUUCCAGUAAAGGAUCUUUCGCACAAAGAUCCUGUGUGACGAAACUUUCGAAGGAUUCAUAUAACAAUAUCUCUACCGUUAAAAUCACAACUUCUGAGACUGGACAAUAUGGCGUUUAUGGACAUUUUAAAGUGAACUUGGUUUACAAUCCGAAUAAGAAGUUUUCCUUCGGCUUGCCAAAAAUCUGGCAAAAAAGAUAUAAAUUGCCGACUGUCAACGUUGAAGUUUUUCCAGAAGAAGACAGAUCAUGGCGAGAAACGAUAUGUAGUGCCAGAAAUGACCCACAUAUGCAAACUUUCGACAACACACGAUAUGAACACCAUGAACAUGAAGGUGAAUACAUUCUAUACAGACACGUUAAUUUUAAAAAUGUGGAGAUACAGCAUAAAAUUGCCUCAUGUAUUGGAUUAACGUCACAUGCAAAGUGCAACUGUGGUGUAGCCGUUCGCGCCGGAGGCGACGUUUAUGUAAUAAACGUUUGUGACAGGGUGUUAGACAUUGGAUACAAAAGAUGCGGAGACAAAGCCUUGACAGUAAAGAAAGACAAUGACUUUACAUAUACAAUAUAUUUACCGUACGGAACAGCAGUAAGAGCCAGGAUAGAUAACCAACCUUGGAUGGGCCAGGAAGGCGGCAAAAUCCUUGAUAUUACUGUGUUGCCAUCAGUUCAUGACAAUGUAAAUAGUACAGGUCUAUGCGGAUCCUUAAAUCAAAAUGGAACUGAUGAUUUCAAGCACAGAUACAACAGUGACAUCUUAAGUAAUGAAACAGUAAAUAUUUUUAUAAAUAGCUGGAAAGCUACGCCUGAAGAGAGUUUAUUUUCGUCAUCAAAUGUACAAAAAAUGCAACUAGACAAAUGGAAUUUUCCCUCAUGUAUGUGCCGACACACGUCUGAAAAUGCGCAUGCGCUAACAACAUGUGAUAGGAGUGUCAGUGAAUGCACUCCUGGUACCCAAACUGGAGAACACAGCUGUGGAGGUUUGUCUUCUGCACGUACGCGAAGGUCAGUUUCAAGAAGACCAAAUAUUCCUAUAGUCAGGCAGACAUCGCAUUAUUCCACGAUUCGUCAGCAUCGCCUAAAGAAGAGAAACAGUGAGAGUGAAGGCAACGAUGUUGUUUGGACGCAAACCUUAGCUGAAAAACAUUGUAAUGAAUAUUUCGAUUCGUUGAAGGCAUUUGAACUUUGUUCUAAACUGCCGGCGACACAUACACACAUCUCUGUUAGAACCUGUGCUUUAGAUAUACAGCUAACAAACAACACAGAGUGGACAUCAAUAUCGCGCCAGUCAAUGCAGGAUACAUGCACCACAGAAAUUCAUAGAAAUGAAAGCGUGAGGCAACAAGUAUUUGCGGAAGUUAUGAACACUUCGUCUCCUACCUUGGCGAACAACACAAAUGCCACGACUCCAUCCCGAGUUGAGAUUCAAGAAAUAGAACAUAUUGAAAAAAUAGUUCAAGAAAUAAAGGAAAUAACAUGCUUAAACAAUUGCUCAGGAAAUGGACUCUGUGAAAAUGGCAUCUGCACGUGCGAUGAAAACUUUGGGGCAUCAGACUGUUCGCUAGAUAUUACGACAGUACCUCGUCUUGUUGGUUUAAUUGACAAUGGGAUGUGUGAUGAAAAGGAUGGAAAAUGUACACACACAUACGUAUUUGGGGAAGUCUUUUUCGGAACAAAUGUAACAUGUCGACUGCGGAAGUUCACUUUUGGUGUCGGUGAAUCAGUCAAACUUCAUGAUAAAGAAUUUAACAUUCACGGGAGAGCAGACACCCUUAUUGAGGCAUGGUGUCCGAUAGAGCAUAUUCGGGAAAAGCAAUCCGUUUCAAAGGACCAAACUUCUGAUUUUGCAUUUGGCUAUCAAGUUUCAGUCAGUAACGAUGGAAAGAAUUUUCCUCCUGAACCAUUGAAUCUAUACAUAUAUGACUCGACGUGCCAAACAUUCGAAAACAAAAUGUCAAGUGGAAUGACUUUCAAUCUUAGAGUUGGGCACUGUUUUAUCGAGGGUUUGUGUGUAAAGAAUGGAACGUUGAAUGUUCAGAAGACGAUGAUAUGCGAUACUAGAGUCUCAAACUUCAGCUGGAACCCAAUACCAACAACAACCCUGGCCCCUGCAACAACGACCAUGACAUCGGAAGAAGAUGCAGAUACAGAAACGUUCCAUAUAGAAAUACGUACAGAUAUUACCCUUAGUAGUGCAGAAAGUCUUAAAAUUUCUACCAUUCAUCAGCGAUAUUCUAAAGAGACAAAAACCGCUCUAAUGCAAUAUUAUCAACCGAUACUUGGCUUGGGGUUGAAGAAUAUCAUCAUUAAUUCCCUAGAUUUUAGGUCAGGCAGCUUGAAAGUUCAGUAUGCUGUUAUUGUACAGAAAGAUGAUUUUGUUGUGAAAGCGUUGUCAGUUGCAGUAGCAAAUUUUACACGUGGAGCAAAACUUGAGAUGUUUGGAACCGAUUAUUCCGUAAACGAGGUGAAAAUAGAAGACACAAGAGUUGGAAAAGAGACGGACAAAUACCAAAGAUUCCUCCUUUGUGAAAGUUAUACCAGUCUACGCCCUUGCGAGAAACAUGAAAGUUGUGUAUUAGAGAAAGGUUUCCUUACGUGCAUAAGAACAGCCGAUUCAAGUGUUGAUUCAGGGAAAAUGAACAAGAUAAUAAUAAUCUCGUCGGCAGUGGGAAGUAUAUUGGUGAUCAUCGUAUUUGCCCUUGUCGUCACAAUUUGUUGUAAUAGGAAGAAAUACAAGAAACGCUUAGAAAACCACAAACGAACCACAGGGCAAAACGAAUAUCACGAUAUGAAUGACACGGAAACGGUCCAAAUACCUCGAGCGAAACACAAUAACGAUAAAAGCAGAGGGCAUACAGCAGACCAGGACAACCAAGCUUAUCAACGUGACGAUGGAGGUUCUGCUGUCGCAAAUACAACAAUUAAUUCUAGAUUAACGUCAGGAUCAUACCAUGAAUAGAAGGGCGGUUAUAUCUCUUACACUGGAAAAAAAUCAUUGAACAAGAUUAUUUACGUUGACCAUACGGAUAAUGAUUCUAAAUUCGUAACUUUGUCCUACAAUUUAUAUUUGUUUUUACUUUAAGACAUAAUCCAAGUACCUCUCGAUUUAUCACAAUGAACUCUUGAUAGAUUAAUAACACAAACUAUUCUUCUUUUUGUCUUGAUCAUGUAUCAAUUCAUGCUUGAUCUUAAAAGUGUUACCUAUAAAUGUUAUGAACAAGUAUGCAUUAAAAUAAUAAGAACAAUGAUUCAAUAGGAAAGAGCAGCAAGCAGCUCAGUCCUAUCAAAUCAAUACCCUUUUCUACAAUGUAUAUUUAGACGAGAAUAAGAUACCCAUUUAGGAACGGCAACUCUACAAACCAACUAACGCUCUAUAUUAUGAAGAUCCGUCAUUUUUUAAUCUAUUUGAUUAUUUACUUCUUUACCAUUUAUUUUCUUGCAAAUUAUAACAUGACAUGCCAAUUAUGUUCAAAUCACUUUGCUACUGUAUUGAUUUUGUUGCAAAUAAUGG